GUAAAGUGUGACCAGUACUGGCCCAGUCGUGGCACGGAGACGUACGCCAUGACCCAGGUGACCCUGCUGGACACCAUCGAGCUCGCCACCUUCUGCGUGCGCACCUUCUCCCUACACAAGAACGGUUCUAGUGAGAAACGGGAGGUGCGUCAGUUCCAGUUCACGGCGUGGCCGGAUCACGGCGUCCCAGAGUACCCCACCCCGUUCCUGGCCUUCCUGAGGAGAGUGAAGACCUGCAACCCGCCCGACGCUGGCCCCAUCAUCGCCCACUGCAGCGCUGGCGUGGGCCGUACGGGCUGCUUCAUCGUGAUCGACGCCAUGCUGGAGCGCAUCAAGCACGAGAAGACGGUGGACAUCUACGGGCACGUGACGCUGAUGCGCGCCCAGCGUAACUACAUGGUGCAGACGGAGGACCAGUACAGCUUCAUCCACGACGCGCUGCUGGAGGCUGUCGCCUGCGGCAACACCGAGGUGGCCGCCCGCUCCCUCUUCUCCUACAUCCAGAAGCUCGCUACCGUGGAGACAGGGGAGCACGUCACCGGCAUGGAGCUCGAGUUCAAGCGAUUGGCCAACUCCAAGGCACACACGUCUCGUUUCAUCAGUGCCAACCUGCCCUGCAACAAGUUCAAGAACCGGCUGGUCAACAUCAUGCCGUACGAGACCACCCGCGUGUGUCUGCAGCCAAUCAGAGGCCUCGAGGGCUCCGACUACAUCAACGCCAGCUUCAUAGAUGGAUACAGACAACAGAAGGCCUACAUUGCCACCCAGGGGCCCCUGGCCGAGACUACGGAGGAUUUCUGGAGGAUGCUUUGGGAGAACAACUCCACCAUUGUAGUCAUGCUCACCAAACUCAGAGAGAUGGGCAGGGAAAAGUGUCACCAGUACUGGCCGGCUGAGCGCUCGGCCCGUUAUCAGUAUUUUGUGGUGGACCCCAUGGCAGAGUACAACAUGCCCCAGUACAUACUGCGGGAGUUCAAGGUCACCGACGCCAGGGAUGGUCAGUCUCGGACGGUGAGGCAGUUCCAGUUCACUGAUUGGCCGGAGCAGGGUGUUCCGAAGUCAGGUGAGGGCUUCAUCGACUUCAUCGGACAGGUGCAUAAAACCAAGGAGCAGUUCGGCCAGGACGGCCCAAUCUCUGUGCACUGCAG